UUUUCAAAGCUUGCUCCCAAUUCUCAUUUCCUCUGAAAAUCACCACUCCGAUUCUUCUUCUCUGUAGACUCUUCCUACCUUUUCCUCGCUCGCGGGAGAACCACGAAGCCAUGGAUUCAAUGCCUGUGAACUGGGACGCCCUCGACUCCCUCGUCCUCGACUUCGCCCAAUCCGAGCGCCUGUUGGACGACUCCCCGUCCUCCGACUCCCACCAAUCCCGCCUCCUCAUCCGCCAGAUCCGCCGCUGCGUUGAGGAUGGCGACAUCGAUUGCGCCAUCGAUCUCUUGCGCCUCCAUGUGCCGGCAAUCCUUGACGACCAUCGCAUCUUGUUUCGGCUGCAAAAGCAGAGGUUUAUUGAGUUGUUGAGGAGGGGUACGGUGAAGGAUCGCGAUUCUGCUAUGAAAUGUCUUCGAGUUGCACUUGCUCCUUGCGCUCUUGAUGCUUAUCCGGAAGCUUAUGAAGAGUUUAAGCAUGUACUUCUUGCACUGAUAUAUGAUAAAGAUGAUAAAACUUCCCCCGUGACAAAUGAGUGGUCUGAAAGGAGGAGAUUUGAUCUUGCUGGGAUCUUGUCUUCUAUACUUAGAGCUCAGCUACAUGCCUAUGACCCACUUUUGAUGAUGACUUUGAGAUACUUGAUGAGUAUUCAUAAAGUAUUUUGCACCCACCAAGAUAUUCCAUCUCCUAUAUCAGAUAUAACCGAGAGGUUCCUCUUUGAGGAUCGUGACCCCCCUAUAAGUUCCCAUGAAAGCUUGUAUGAAGUGCCACCAUUUGAAGAGGUUGAUAUACAAGCUCUGGUCCAUGCAGCUGGCCUAACAAGGCAAGAUGCAGUUGAUAGCUUAAGAUUUGCUAAAGGCGAUUUAUUUCAGGCAUUUCAGAAUGAGUUGUGCCGGAUGAAACUGAAUGCUUUGAUGCUUGAUGAGCUUGUCCGUGAAUAUUGUGUUUAUAGGGGCAUUGUGGAAAGUACCACUCCAUCUUCAUCAGACUGUACAUCUCAGAGGAAACAAUGUAUAACUAAUGGAUCAUCUAACGGUGAAGUGUCUGAUAGCACGGUUAACAAGGAAGGUGUUCAAGAAUCCAAUGCUGAUGUUGUCAGUAGUCAGAACAAUGAUGUUGAGAUGAGAUCUGCCGAUGAGACUGCAGGAGCUCAUGGCGAUUGUAGCACAAGUGACAUGACUCACCAAGUGAAGUAUCAUAGAAGGUUAAGGAGAAGCAGAAAUCAUGCUACUGGACAAAGGAGGCGAAAGAGAUGGAGAGGGCGCAUUGAGAGGUCUGAAGUUACACCUGAUGUCGACUCUACCAGUUCCAUUUUACAAGAAUUCACAUCCUUAGUUCAUUCCAAUAGAGAUAUGCCAGGUGAAGAGCAGGUCUCUGAGAGUAAUUCUACUUUUGAUAAUGUCAAUGAUAUAGAGGAUCACAAGUAUGAGAUUAUUUUAGAGAUGAUGGAACUGGCUAAUAAGGGUAUGGUUGCAGAGGUUGUUGAGGAAGUAAAUGCAUUGGAUCCAGAAUUUUUUGUUCAAAAUCCUAUUCUAUUGUUUCAAUUGAAACAGGUUGAAUUUCAGAAAUUGGUCAAUGCUGGGAAUCAUGCGAUGGCUCUUCGAGUUGCAUCAUCUCAUUUAGGUCCUCUAGCUUCAAAGAAUGAAUCUUUGCUGAAAACUUUGAAAGAGACACUGUUGGCAUUGCUUAAACCUAAUGAAGAUGUGAUGACUAAAGGCUUGUCCCUUCUCGCGACGUCUCUACAGGUUGCAAUGAGCAGGAGGUUUGGUAUUGAAGAACCACAGUUGAUGAAAAUAAUGAGAGCAACACUUCAUACUCAUAAUGAGUGGUUUAAACUUCAAAUGUGGAAGGAUCGUUUUGAAGAGUUUCUGAAAAUAAACAUUCUGAAAGAACUUGAUGCUCCUUUACCCAUUGAUAGUACAUCCAAGACACAGGCAGAUAAUGAGACACAUGGAUCUUCUUCACAAGUUACUAGUUCAAGUAGCAAGAUAACAGAUUAUGGUAGCAGUCCGACUCAAGUUGCAUCCAAUGAAAGUGUUUUUGAUGAGAAUGCGAUUCUCAAAGUUAUGGAAUUCGUCGCUUUGCCAAGAUCAGAUGCCAUACAUCUUCUGAUGCAAUACAAUGGGAAUGCAGAGGCAGUCAUCCAACAAAUGUUUGCAUAAGUUGCUAUGUAUAUUUGUAAUCCAGACUUAUUUGUUCAUUGAUUUACAUACGUUGAUUUAUUCAUUUUGUCCAAUAUAUAUAUAUAUAUAUGUAUUCUCUACUA